GUGAGCAGCCUCAGACUCAUACUUGGUCCACUCGCCUCCAACGCUGCAACACCUCGCACCGGUACCGCCAUCAUGUCCUCCGCCGAUGAGUACUCCGACGACGACGCUGGCUACUACGACGAGGACGACGAUGAGAUGCUCGUUGACGACGAUGGUUCGGCCUCUGAGAUGGAGCUCGACCCCAUGAACGACUUUCACGAAGGCUCUUCGAGACGGAAGAUCUACGAGAUAGACUACGAGAGCCUCUCUCAAGCCGAUGUUGAGAGGCAAAUGAAGAGCGAGGUAGAGUACAUCACCAGCAUAUUCGGUGUCACUGUGGAUGUGGCAUCCCUGCUGCUACGACACUUCGACUGGAACAAGGAGAAGCUCAUAGAGAAGUACAUGGACAAUGCUACAACAGUGUCUGUUGCCGCGGGUAUCACGCCUCCGGAGAAGGCGCCGAAGCGACCCGCUGCCUCCGGUGGGCGUUUGCACUCAUCCUCUGAGCUAUCGAGAGAGAGCCUAAUAGGACCCCGCCGUUCUUCGCGGCGUGUCGCCUCUGCAGCCACCAAGUCUAGCAAGUCCAAGUUGCUCGAACGCGCCACUCCGCCAAGGCAGGACGAGCCAUUCGUCUGUCCGAUCUGCUUCGACGACACACAAACGGAGUUCAUGUCGCUGGUCUGUGAUCACAAGUACUGCAAGGGUUGCUGGGGAGCAUACAUCGAGAGUAAGGUCAAGACUGAAGCGGAAAGCUGGAUCAGUUGCAUGGCGGAAGACUGCGACGUUGUCGCCACCGACACAUUUGUCCAGCAAGUUCUGGGAGAAGACAAGGGAACCUGGGGGCGCUUCCAAGAGCUGCUCGUACGACACUACGUUUCUCACAGGCCGGAGCUCAAGUACUGCCCGUACCCAUCGUGCACCUAUACCGUGUCUUGUUCUAUCAGCAGAGCUUCCCUGGCGACCCAAGUUCCUAUUGUGACCUGUGGCAACGGGGCGACACACAAGUUCUGCUUUGGCUGCAACGUCGACAGCGACCAUCGACCAGUGAUCUGUCCCGUCGCGAAGAUGUGGCUACAGAAGUGCCACGACGAUAGUGAGACCGCCAACUGGAUCAAGAGCAACACGAAGGAAUGCAGCAAGUGUCAGAGCACGAUAGAGAAGAACGGAGGGUGCAACCAUAUGACCUGUAAGAAAUGCAAGUACGAGUUCUGCUGGGUCUGCAUGGGCCCGUGGUCGGAGCAUGGUACCUCUUGGUACAACUGCAACCGGUAUGAUGAGAAGGCCAGUAAGGAUGCUCGCGAUGCGCAGUCCCGGAGCCGGGCUUCUCUCGAACGUUACCUCCAUUAUUACAACCGGUGGGCCAACCACGAGCAAUCGAAGAAGCUGUCGGUCGAGCUUUACGCAAAGACGGAGAAGAAGAUGGAGGAGAUGCAGAUUACGUCAGAGCUGUCUUGGAUCGAGGUCCAGUUCAUGAAGAAGGCCGUCGACGAGGUCAUCAAGUGUCGCACGACACUGAUGUGGACCUAUGCCAUGGCAUACUACCUGGAGUUCGGUAACGAGAAGGAGCUGUUCGAGGAUAAUCAGCGUGACCUCGAACGCGCCGUGGAGGAUCUGUCCGAGCUCAUCGAGUCACCGCUCGACCCCGAAGUGAUCAAGACCCUUCGCCAGAAAGUGACUGACCGCACGGUCUACGUCACCAAGCGUAACGAAAUUGUGCUCGAGGACACGGCGCGAGGCUUCCUAGAGGGGCGGUGGACAUGGAACUCUCCUGUCGCGGGCCUGGACUGAUUUCCCAUUCUUCUUAAGCAUCAUCUCCCCCAAUCCCAUUGUACACCGGUGCUUUCUCUCAUCGCUAUCUCUACCGGCCUGACCGCAUUAUAGUCAAUCUCCUGCAACUGUCCCUCGACUCAUCUCCCCAUCUCGCGGCGCCCGGCUCGCCCGCGUCUGUCCUAAUGGCUCGCUUGUAAAUCCAUUGUAUCUAUGGACUUCUGUACAGCAUGUACCAAGUGUAUAAGAGUGGUUAUACCGGAUCAUGGAUACUCUACUA